CUCUUUUCUUGAUCUUUUUCACCACCACUUUCUCCUCUCUCUCUCUCUCUCGCUCGCUCGCUCGCAUUUCUUCGCUCUCAUUUUGUUGAUUCAUUUGCGCGCGAUUUCUCGAAGAUGGCGAACGAAAAUGGUGGCGAUGGUGAUUCAGACAAACAGUUGAAAACGUGCGCUGUAUUGGGUGGCAGGGGAUUUGUAGGCAGCGUCUUGGUGGAGAUGCUGUUGAGAAUUGGCAAUUGGAUCGUCCGAGUCGCCGAUACCGCUAAGACUCCCGAGCUCAAACCCUCCGAGUCGGUUCUUGCCGACGCCUUGGCCUCCGGCCGUGCUGCUUAUUUCCAGGUUGAUGUUCGCCAUACAUCGCAAAUCAUCCAAGCUGUUGAAGGUGUUUCAGUUGUAUUUUAUUUCGACUCUAUGGAUUCAUUCCCCCCAGACUUCUAUUUUUGUUACAACAUCAUUGUUCAAGGUGCAAAAAAUGUAAUCAAUGCUUGUCGUGAAUGCAACGUUAAACAUCUAAUUUACAACAGUUCCGCUGAUGUUGUUUUCGAUGAUGGCCAUGAUAUACAUAAUGGGGAUGAAUCUUUGCCAUAUUCUGGCCGAGUUUGGGACAUGGUCACUGACCUUAAGACUCAAGCAGAGGCACUGAUCUUAUUUGCGAAUGAUAUUGGUGGUGUUUUAACAUGUGCACUUCGGCCUUGCAAUGUAUUUGGACCUGGAGAUAAACAACUCUUACCUUUGCUGGUGAAUAUGGCAAAAUCCACCUGGGUUAAGUUUAUUAUAGGAAGUGGAAAAAAUCUAUCCGACUUCACCUAUGUGGAUAAUGUUGCCCAUGCUCAUAUCUGUGCUGAAGAAUCUCUAAGUUCUCAGAAGGGUUCUGUUUCUGGAAAGGUGUUUUUUAUAACUAAUCUGGAGCCAAUGGAGUUCUGGGAGUUUGCAUCUCUUUUAUUGGAGGGCUUAGGCUACCAGAGGCCUGUCACCAGUCUCCCUGCUUGGGCCACUCAUUUUGUCGUUCUUAUUAUAAAAUUGCUGCAUAUGAAGUCAGAUACCAGAAAGCUUGACCCAUUUGUCUCUGUUUACAAUGUUGCUAGUUUAGCUUUGCGCACAAGGACGUUUAGUUGUUCCGCUGCUGAGAAACACAUUCGUUACUCACCAAUUGUUUCGAUGGAAGAGGCUGUGGAAUCAACUGUUGAUUCAUACUCUCAUCUAGCAGUGGACUCGCCUUUCAUGAUAUGUAAGGACUCCAAUGAACCGUCGAAAGUGGAGAAGCUGUUAGGCAGUGGAAAAGUUGCAGAUUUAUUGCUGUGGAGAGACGAGAAGAAAACCUUUCUUUGUUUCUUUUUUCUUGCUUUUCUGUAUCACUGGUUUUUCCUCUCUGGGAGAACUUUUAUCUCAUCUGUCGCUAAGCUGCUUCUGCUGAUCAUUGUGUUACUUUGUGGGCAUUACAUACUACCAUUGACUGGAUAUGAAUCCAGUAUUCCUAGAAUACCAUCUUCAUGUUUUGAGAUCUCGGAAGUUGAUAUGCGAAAUUCUUUUUUCACCAUAAGAUGCAUGUGGAAUAAGCUGGAUUCUCUAACAAAAUCAUUGGCUCAAGGAGAAGAUUGGUGUACCUUCUUAAAGGCAUCAAUUUUUCUGUAUUUCUUUAAGUUGAUUGUUCCCCCGCACUUCACCGUUGCUGUUGGUUUAGGUUUAAUCCUUUCUUUCAGUUUGUGUUUUGUAUACGAGCAAUACGAGGAGAGAAUUGAUGUGAUAGCAAGUGUUGUAUUGACCGUUGCUGAGAGGGUCUUGAUGUUGUUUGUUAGGAAACUGCCAAUGUCUUCGAGCUCAGUUUCCUUUGACUGUAAGCCUUUGGUGGAGAACGAAUCUAGCCAACAUCUAUUGUUAGACAGUCGGCAAUGAGAGCUAUGGCAAUCCAACUUUCCUUGUAACUUUUGUAAUACUAUAACCUCUGUAGAUAUGUAUGUUAGCUUCUGUAGUUUACGAGGACAUACCAUUCAUACGCUUAAGAGUUGCUUCCAUACUUGAUGAAAGGUGCUAGUAAGAUACAGCUUCUGAAUUGUUGGUAUCAUUUCUGAUGAGAAGGUAGAACAUUGCCGUGUCA